GCCUUCUUGACCAACCCUCACUCUCUAUCACGGCAUUGCCUUUUAUUUCUCCGCUCCUAACCCUACAAUCCUCCCUCCGCUGCCUAUCCUUCACCUCACCAUGUAUCACCCCAACCAGCCUCACAUCUCCCCCGCCACACCCGGUGGAUCCACCGCCUCCUUCUCCUCCGCCUUAGAUUUCAACAAGCGUGUCAAAAAACAGCGUGGUAACUAUAACUGUGGCCGCUGUGGUCUCCCUAAGAAAGGCCACUCCUGCCACCUUCCUCCCGCCGCAUCGACUACUCCGACGUCCGCCGACUCCUCCGCCACUGUCUCUACCUCUACGUCCCGUUCUUUUUUUCCGUCCCGUCAGCAGUACUCACACCUUCGCAGAGCGCUAUCGUUUGAUGAUAUUGAUAUCAGAUGUGACUCUCCAGAGCCUGAAAUGGACUACUCAGAGCCCGAUCUGUUUUGUUCUGGUUCAGGGAAGUUGCCAGCGAGCUGUAUGUGGGAAGUUCUAAGGAGACUUCCUCCUCCAGGACUGUUGGCGGCGGCAAGAGUUUGCAAGGGGUGGAGAGACACGGCCAGGCGGUUGUGGAGGGCGGCCGAGGAGCUCAGGCUGAGAGUUCCGCCCAGAGCUCAGCUUGGGUUCGUUGGAUCUGUGUUGCAGAAGUGUCCUGGACUUGUUAGGCUGAGUCUUAAGAUGGAAAGUGAUGUGGAUGCUACAAUGUUGGCUUGCAUCGCCUUCUCUUGCCCCAACCUGGAGUGCAUGGAGAUUUCUACAUCUGAUUCUGCCGUCAAUCGAAUUUCUGGUGAUGAACUAGGUCGUUUUGUUGCUGAUAAACGUUGCCUUACAAGUCUUAAGAUGGAAGGAUGUUCUAAUCUAGGAGGUUUUGUCCUCUGUUCAUCGAGUCUGUCUACGCUUUGGCUUUCAGAUCUAUAUUCCUUAUCUAAGACGGUCUUUAACUGUCCCAAUUUGAAAGAGGUUUCUCUUGAUUUUUCCCACCAAGAAAACGAUAGCACUGACCUUGUUGCCAUGGUUGAUGCUUUGGGAAGGAGCUGCUCGAGGUUACAAAAUAUGCAUAUCGCAUCUGUUCGGCUUUCUCAUGCUGUGGUGCUUGCUCUUACAGCUGCUAACUUAAGGGGGCUGCGAAUGCUUUCUCUUGUUCUUGGAACUGACAUUACUGAUGCAUCAGUUGCUGCCAUUGCUUCAAGUUAUUCAAAAUUAGAGUUGCUUGAUCUAAGUGGGUCUAGCAUCAGCGAUGGUGGUAUUGGCAUGAUCUGCAAUGUGUUCCCUGGAACGCUAUCAAGACUCCUCCUUGCCCUUUGUCCAAAUAUAACUUCAAGUGGAAUUCAAUUUGCCGCCGCUCAAUUGCCUCUUCUUGAACUCAUGGACUGCGGAAUGACCAUAUGUGACCCAAGUUCUCCAUGUCCAACAUCGGGUGUGAGUGGAGAAGGCGAGGUGCAGACAACAUUUCAGAACAAAUUACAUCUUAUAUACCAAAAACUCAUUAUAAAACAUGGUCGAUUGAGGAAACUGAGCUUGUGGGGAUGUUCUGGCUUAGAUGCCAUAUACCUAAAUUGUCCAGAACUCAAUGAUCUGAAUCUGAACUCAUGUACAAACUUGCAUCCAGAGAGAUUGCUCCUUCAGUGCCCCAAUUUGGAAAGUGUGCAUGCAUCAGGGUGUCAAAAGUUGUUGAUCGGAGCCAUUCAAAGCCAGGUCGAUAAUUUUGGCGUUAUGGAAAACCAUUGCCCAAGUAAACGUUUAGCUGAUGGCUCAAAGAGGGUUCGUGUUCCUAAUUUCCUCAGUCAACAGCCACAUGAUGAUGAUAAGAAGCGGAGGAGGGUUGGCGCACAUACUUGCAAUGUUCUUGUAGACUGAGAAUGUAUCUAUUGCUCAAACAUUCUUACUGUGCUCGUUGGUGCAUGCAACUUGUGCUUGUCACCAAUAUCCCUGUGAAUCCACAUGAUUUAUAAAUGUGCAAAAUGGCAGAUUGAGUAAGCUGCCUGUACCAUUGUCUUUUCAAUCCUAACACAACAUUGUUCAAUUCAAGAGAAAAACAUUACUGUGAGAACCUAGGAAUGUUUUUGGAGUUCUUACAGCUAUUCAUUAAACAAAUAAGAUUAUGUUCAGUGUAGUUUGCUCUAGCUGUUUGCAAUUAUGCACCAGUUUUUUUCUAA